UUGUGUUGACACGUGCGCGAAUGCUAGGUUUCUUGCUCCGUUAAUUGGAUCUUCGUUUCUUCUCUGUUUAUCGAAUGCUUAGUCCUCCGUUGGGAUAGCUCUUGAAGUGGUGUGUCGACUAUUUUACAACAGUACAACUGUGCAACUCCUGAAAUUGCUCGUUCGGUGCAAAUUAUUAGUAACCAAUAGCAAGGGGUUAAGAACCCGAAGCUUGUUCAAUUACUCAAACAGAAUACAGUGUUUGAUAUUGUUGAUAAUUUAACAUGUUCGUUCCACGUGAAAAUGUUUCUACCCUUAUCUGCUCCAAUAUUACAGCAACAUAAUCAGAAGUUACGAAAAUUUCUCAAAAACAUUGAUGAGGAUCAUAAAUUAUGGUUCUUGACGUCCAACAAAAUAUGAGUUUUUUUUCACACACAAAGCAUACAGUAGAAUGGGAAAAGGGCAAAAGAUAGAAAAACAAAACCGAGCUGGCCCAUGUCACAAAACCCAAGGAGCGAUGGUCAUGAUUUGACUUCCCACGGGGGCCUUCUAAUCGAAAACGUUUCGUAGCUUUGAACUUGGGCCAUGCGGCCUUCUAAAAAAAAAUGUAUUUGCACUUUCCACCUCCCAAACGGCCAUGUCUUUCGACGGCAGAAGGCGCAUGGGACGGUCAUGCCGCCGCCGCGCCGCCGGGGCUGCCGGGCUGGGGGUGGGGCAAGCAGGUCUCAGGAGCGUGCAAUCCUGGAUGCGGUUCGUCAGAGGGAGCUUUUUGCCCCUGCAUACGUUUCACCUGUUCACGUCGGCCUUCGCCGCUGGUCCGCGUGCGGUAACUGGCCGCGGCAAUGGGGCGGUGGCAACGAACGCUUCGUGCAGGCUCUACGAAGGGGCUUAAUAACACUUCAUAUACGAAGUAUCCAGGAAGAAAAUGACUGAAAUGGAGGGUGCUUUGAAGUCCUGCACGGAGCAGCUGCUUCUUGGUAGGGAAGAGAAUGAGCACCUCAUCAUCGAAGGAGCUAACAAGAUCUCUUCCGAGCAAAAGAAAGCCCAAGAUUUACAGCAGAAGUUAGAGGGUGCAAAUAAGCGGUUCGCAAAGGUCGUUACUGAAAACUAUAAUCUUCGGAACACUGUCAACUCAAAGGACAAGAUAAUCAGAGAACUGAUUGAAUCCAAAACACACUCAGACCAAAGGUUAACUGAAGCAACGGCUAAGCUUGAAUUUAUGCAGAAACAGUGUGGAUCCCUUCAGUAUGAGGUGCGCAUGGUGCAGAAGGAACUCGAGAUUCGCAACAAAGAGCGGGAGUACGACCUGAAAUCGAUUGAUGCUGCUCAGAAGCAGCAGCAGGAAAACGUCCAGAAGAUUGCUACGCUGGAAGCUGAAUGCCAGAGGCUGAGGACCAUGGUUCAGAAGAGGCUGCCUGGUCCUGCGGCAUUAGCAAAAAUGAAAGAUGAGGUCGAGCGACGGGGUGCCACUUCCGUCCAAAACGGAAUGAGAAGGACACGUACAAGCACAACACUGCAGCCACCACUGCGAGCGGCAAAUCAGAGGCAUUCUGUGUCUGAAGGUUACAUUGUCAAGUUGCAGGAAAUGGAUGAUGAAAACAGACAUCUCAGGCAGUUAUUAGCCAGGAAGGAGAGUGAGAUCCAGUCAGUGCAGUUGCUGUAUGCGGAUGAGGCAUGCAAGUUAUCAGUAGUGCAAAGGCAACUCAAGGAUUUGUGGAGUGAUCAUGACAUGGAAGAGAACAACCAUUUUGAACAAUUUACUAGUCCUUCAGUUCCAAAGCCAGAGAAUAUCAGAACUGGCAAGAGACUCACAUCUCGGAGUCAGAGCAGAAGGAUUGCAGGAUCUGACAUGCAGCUGCUAGUUGAUCUUGCGGAAAUUGAGAAACUUGAGAUGGUAUCAAGGCCUUCAAGUGCGCCACAUCAGUGUGACACAGAUGCAUCUGAUACACAUUCGCAAAUGAUUCUAUCAGAAAUACUUGGCAGAGAUCAAAUCCCUCCUCAAGAUGGUUUUUCUUACAAGUAUCCUGAGUGGAUUCAGGAUAUUUUGAAACUGAUCAUACAUAAGCAUAGAGCCAAUAAAAUAAGUGUUGAUGUCAUUCUUGAUGAAGUAAUAUGUGCAUUGAGGAGUGAGAUUUCGGCCAAAGAAAGUGAUGUUGCGAGUUUGGCAUAUAACCAAGCAGAAAAAGACAGCAUGGUGGCCACUCUGAUUGAAAAGGUCAGUUGCAUGAUUGAAAGAUCCACUGAAAACAAUGUUAUAAGUUUUGGAGUGUUUUUGCAUGAAAAAACUGAAGUCACUUCUCAACUUGAGCACUUGGUUCAUGUCUGUAGUGAUGUGCUGGAUGGAAAGGUUAAUCUUCAAAAGCUCAUUGACGAAGUUUGCUUGACCCUAGAGUGGGCAAUGGACCAAUGUUUUUCAUGUGUUUGUGGACUAGACAAUGUGGAUUCCUAUACAAAUAAGUCGGAUCAAAAUGAAUCGGCAAGGACAUUAAGCAUGCACGGAAAACAAGCAAUGCAAAGUGCAAAAUCAGAAAUGGUUUCAAGAAUGCAACAAAACGUACAAAAAGAACUUAUUGGAACAAUUGAGGGCCAGAUCCCUGGUGACACCUUGGAAAAUCGUUCUCAGAUCCAGCUUGCCACUUGUAAACUUGAUGAACAAGAACUGGCAAGACAAGAGCAGGCUGACAAUCUUCAGGAAAAACAAUCAGUAUACUAUGAACUAGAAAUUGCUGAUGCUGAUGGGAGCAUGGAAAACUUGCUGGAAGAAGAUGGAAAACAAGUAACAACAAACUCGGCAAUAUCUGCAGCAGCAGAGAAACUUGCAGAGUGCCAAGAGACAAUGACGAAUCUCACCAAACAACUGCAGGCUCUACAAACCCCUGCAAGUGCAGAUGCUUCAGGCAAAGGAAAGUCUGGUACCGUACCUCUAUCAGUUCCCAAGGUUCUUGCUGAACAUGAUGCCAAGUCUCAGGAUUUCAGAUCUCCGAGAUCUGAAGAAGAAGGGGCAUGCAAGAAAGAACAAGGUAGUCACGCUGCAACUAAGAUGAACCUUGUACAUGAGCAAGGUGCCGACACGGGUCAUAAAUCUAGUAGCAAUGGUUUGACAAGAGCCGUUCUUCCUCCUGUGAUCCCGAAGUCGCCACGGACAUCCUUCUGUGCUGAUAUGAAAAAGAAAAAACGACGUGCGAGCUUGCUGAGUAGGCUCGUCUUCAGGAAGAAGGCAUAGAUGAGCAGUUGCCUGGCUUCAAUACUCGGCUGCUACUUCUAGUCUUCUACGGUGGUGCCCUCUGAUUAUAAUUUUCUCUGGUAUUGUCAGCAGCACUUGGGAGCUUGUUCUUCCCUUUAAGGUACAUUAACUGGUGUAGUUAUUUCCAUUUCCAAUAAGAAGACAUUAUUGUUGGGUAUAUAAUGUGUAUACAUUUGUCAGUUACUGGCCGUGUGAAAUUUGUAAAAGGAUCUGUUCACUCAAGAAGUAUAUAUAUGUAUCUGUUGGCAGUGUGUAUUAGUUA